AUGCGCUCGAACGUCCAGGCGCUGAGGGACCGGGGUGGGCCAAGUGGGCGGCAGGAGCGGCUCUGGGACGGCGGGCAGUGCUUUCAGGGUGCUCCAGGGUGGAGCCGCUCCAGCCCAUGGGGCCCACAGUCCAGAAAAGGUGCCUCCACCGUCCUGCCGCCCCCAGAGGUCCUAGGAUCGCCCAGGUACCAGGGAGCAGCUGAGCUGCGGGCACCGAACCAAUACAGGGGACCAAGACGCUGGUCAGGCCGGCAGCCCCCGGGGCAGCCCGGCUCUGCCUGA